CACGUGUCUCAACAUGAUUGGAUGCUCAUACAUCAUUCUUUUUUAUUUUAUUUUAUUUUAUUUUUCAAAGCAAAAUUAGAGAAACAGCAUAGAGCAGAGGCAGAAUCAAUCAAACAAAGCUUUGGAAUCUGAAUUUGAAGGAGAGAGCGUCUUAUCAGCUCACAUAGGAAAAUGAUGAGGUUGCAGUCGUAUGCAGGGCUUAGUUCUUUUGCUACUCUAGCAGUUAUUUAUCAUGCAUUUAACAGUAGAGGCCAGUUUUACCCUGCCAUGGUUUAUUUAUCUACUUCAAAGAUCAGUUUGGUACUACUUCUCAACAUGGGUUUGGUUAUUAUGUGUAUCUUGUGGCAAUUAACUAAGCGGGUUUUCCUCGGAACCCUCCGAGAAGCUGAGGUCGAGAGGCUAAAUGAGCAAUCAUGGAGAGAGGUCAUGGAAAUUCUUUUCGCAAUCACUAUUUUCCGGCAAGAUUUUUCAGUUUCAUUUCUUGCCAUGGUUACUGCUCUGUUAUUGAUCAAGGCUUUGCAUUGGCUGGCUCAAAAGAGAGUUGAAUACAUUGAGACUACACCAUCAGUAACAACAUUAUCUCAUAUUCGGAUUGUCUCUUUUCUUGGUUUCCUUCUUACGCUAGACAGUCUCUUUUUGUAUACUUCAGUAAAUGAGUUGAUACAGUCACGGAAAGCUUCAGUUUCUCUUUUCUUUUCAUUUGAGUACAUGAUCCUUGCAACAACAACAGUGUCAACAUUCGUCAAAUAUGUUUUCUAUGUCAGUGACAUGCUUAUGGAGGGACAGUGGGAGAAGAAGCCUGUCUAUACAUUUUAUUUGGAACUCAUACGUGACUUGCUUCACUUGUCUAUGUACCUGUGCUUCUUCCUUGUGAUUUUCAUGAAUUAUGGAGUACCUCUACACUUGAUACGGGAGCUCUAUGAGACGUUUAGGAACUUUAAGAUUCGUGUAGCUGAUUACAUUCGUUACCGAAAGAUCACUUCAAAUAUGAAUGACCGAUUUCCUGAUGCGACACCUGAAGAGCUCAUUGCAACUGAUGCAACUUGCAUUAUUUGCCGUGAAGAGAUGACCUCUGCCAAGAAAUUGAUUUGUGGGCACCUUUUCCACGUGCAUUGCUUGCGUUCAUGGUUAGAGCGACAACAUACAUGUCCUACCUGCAGAGCUUUAGUUGUGCCUCCUGAUAAUGCAACAAGUGCAACUGGAGGACAGAAUGUAUCUCGAUCAGAUACACAUCAAGGGACAGGAACUUCAGGUUCAUCUGCUCAGGGUUCAGCUGGUGGUAAUUUGAGCCAGCAUCAGGCCAGGCUCCAAGCUGCCGCAGCUGCUGCCUCGAUAUAUGAGAAAUCUUAUGUUUAUCCUUCUGCAAACACUCCAGCAUGGUAUCCUGGAUAUGUAUGCCCCCAGGUGCAGGAACCCUUACCCAGUUCGUCUGGUAUCGAAUCUAGUGGCGAACAGGCAAAUUUCUCUAAUGAUUGGCAGAGGUUGAACAGUGAUCCGAAAAUACAAGAUUAUCUACGGGAAGCUCAACUGAAGCUUGUUCAGCAGCAGAUAGAGAACCUACAAAAUCAACUUCAACUAUUACAAAAGGCUAAAGCAGAGGAAAGCCCGAACGCAGGCAGCAAAGAGAAGAAUGUUGAAUCUUCAUUCGACUCGCAAUAUGGACACCAUGACUGAUUUAAUAGCCCCCUUAUAUAUUGACUGGAUACAUAUCUCAGUAGACUCAGGAUGUGCAUAUAGGGAAACACAAAUGGAUAAGAGGUAGUGCAUUGCUCUUAAGACUGGAACUUUGGUUGUUUCACAAUGAUGGUGUCUAGCAAUGUCGUAUAUUUUCUCUUGUAGCCGGUCUUUGUGGAAUGGUUUAUGGCUUUUUGGAUUUUGAUGUAACAUGUGUAGUGCUAAUUUGCACACAGAAUAUAUGUUCCUUAUCUCACUUGGAAAAUUUGGACUAUGUUAGAGCAAUUACUAAAGCAAUGAAAAUCUUGUUUGAAGAACA